UAGCCAGUGUUCGAAGGGAGACAACGUCCGGCAACUUGUGGACCGUGGCCUCAGCCACCAAAAAGCGGCCACGUGCUUGCAUACCAGUUCGGGACUCUGGUCGCUUGACGGGUGAUGGACUGCUAGCACUGCAAGCGGAUGGCUUUCCGUAGCGACCACCUCCCCCCGCCAGUUGCCCCUCGCGUCUGCGUUCAGAAACAUACCCAGCACGUCCUUGUGCACGUAUACCACCCAUAGACGACCACCGUUACGACUUUCACGCCAUGGCUACUGCUACGUCCGUCAGAGCACCUCCCGCGACCUCGCGACGGUCCCCGCACGGGUCCAGCAAACCGUCAGCAUCUCCGCCUUCUGUUGCCAGAGGUGCUACAGCUCGGUCUGCGGUGUCUCCACGCCUAUCGGUGUCAAUGAGUGCACCAGCAGCUCGUCGAGCAUCUUUGAGGGGAGGUGCACACCCACCACCUGUGGUUACCAGUGAAACACGCGAGACACUUGCAGUCUCCCUAAAGGAAGAGACUGAGAAGAAGGAGCAGCUGCUCGUGCAACUGCAGGAGAAAGAACAGACCAUCAGCAACCUAACCUCAGAGAAUGCCAACCUGUCAUCCGCCCUACACUCUGCGGAGUCUCGUCUCGCGGAGCUGUACGCAGAUCAAAGUCGCAUGGAAGAAGAGAUGGCGGCCCGUAUAGAAGUGAUCGAGAAGCUCAGAACUCAAGUGCGUGACCUUGAGAAAGAGAAACGCGACGUGCAGCGGCGUUAUAAUGAGCAGACUGCGACCUUUGAAGCCGAACGUCAGGCCUUCUAUGAUAACGAGCAACAUCUUAAAUCUCGCAUACAGUCCUUGACUCAAGCUCGCAAGCAACCGGCACUGAGCUCGCCGUCUGUGGUUUCCGUUGUUGAAUCCGUUACCGAGCCUUCGCUCAUGGAGUCUGAGGCGGAUGUGGAGGCUGUGGUUCCAGCAUCACAGGUUCAGGUGCAGACGCAGGACGUCACAGACCCCGAACAGGAACCCGCCGAGAUGACUGGGCUGAAGCUCGAACUUUCUACUCUCUCGACUUCGUAUUCCUCUCUUCAAUCGACUCUUCAAUUACUGCAGACGCAACUGGUCGAUCUGAAACGCGUCAAUCAUGAACUCCAGGAGGAGAAUGAGUCUUACAACAUUCUCCUCAGGGAGAAGACAUUGAAUGGACAAUUCGACGUUCUCCGAAUGGGAGUAAGUGCCUCCGCCAGCGAGACCAGUCUCAGCGAAGGCGAAGAGGAUGGUGACACGGCGGGAGAAAGCGAAAGCAUGAAGAGUCGGAAUACUGGCCGAAGUGUGCUCGAUCCCGUGGACGAGCUAGCAGAGGAGCACGAGCUCGAUCCCGCAUUUGAACUUGCCCAAGAUCGGGAACAGGAGUCCCGCAAUGAAGAUGAGCUUUACCGACAUUCGCGUAGACAUGGUCGCAAGCAGUCGAAUCAUUCUCUGACCCUUCGUGGGGAAUCGCUUGCCAACCUCCCGAUCACCGGCCCAGGGCUCGACCUAGCAGCGGAACUUGGACGUGCUGAGAACAAGGAUAUCUUAGAGGGCCAUGCCACUAUUGAGGAUCGCCCGACGCAGGUCGUCAAGACUAAGAAGCACAGGAAGCACUCCACCUCCGAUCGGAAAAUGUCCUCUGCAUCCGAUGCUGUUCAGGAUAGUGGGCCAUGGACUGACCUCGAUGCCCUCCGCAACGAGGUCAAGAGUCUCAAGGAUGCAAACAAAGCGCUUUCUUUGUAUGCAUCCAAGAUCAUUGACCGUAUCAUUUCCCAGGAGGGCUUCGAGCACGUCCUUGCAGUGGACUACGAGAAGCAUAGUCCCCCCUUGCCGAAGACGCCCUCCGCAUUCACCACGUUCGACAACAUCCCAAAAUCACAUAGUCCUCCUAAAGCACAACCUCAGAAGAAAGGCAGAACGCAAUCCGCUAUCUUCUCUUUCUCCUCGUCACCUUCGAGCUCUAACGGUUUCCUGUCACCCACGCCGAAUAGCUCCUCUGCUCCCUCUCCGCCUGCUCGUUCGCGGCGGUCGUUGUCGUUUGAUUGGAAGAGCUUUUCAAUGUUCGGCGGCGGCGGUGACAAGAAGGUCGAUCCUGCCCCUAGCCUGCGCCCGUUGACUUUGCGAGCAGGUACAUCGCAAUCAAUCUCUAGCGCACGCAAGUUGGAUACAUUCGAGGACGAGGAAGACAGGAAAGAGCGCGAGCGGCUGAAUGCGACGAUGAAGCUCAUGGGCAUCGAGAAGCCUGUGAUGCCGGCCAUCCACAAGAGCUACUCUGCCCCCGGGAAUCCGACCGAUGGCAAUGGCAGACGUUCACCGCUGCCCGCCAGCCCCGUGAACGGGGGAAACUCGCCGGUUGUGCCCCCGACUGCAUCGUAUCGUUUCUCGUUCUUCCGCCGCAAUUCUUCGAUGACGCCUUCGGACACAUCGUCCGGGCCGUCUUCCAUACGAGGAAGUCCACACGCUUCCGUUAGCGGUGCGAACACUCCGAAUCUCACGCAGGAGGCACUCGCACAGGCUGAAGCCGCAAACACACUCGCUGCACUUGAUGCGCAUGAGCGUCAGUUGAGUGCAGAGAUCGCCAAGGGCGCAGGCGGAGGCUUCACUGAGAUAGUAAGGCGCACUGGGGAUCGACGGAGUAGCAGGAAGAGCGGUGAGAGCGCAAGUACCGUCUGGAGUGCUGGUAUGAGUCGAGGAGAAGACGGGGAUGAUUGAAUCACGGCGAUCAUCUGAAAACAGCAGCCUUGAAUGACUAUAUGCAACAUAUGCCAUCUAUAUCCUUGCACUCUCCUCCACAUGUUGACGCGCAAUAUUUUUGACGCUUCUGGGCAAAUCUAUAGACAUUGGUCAUGGAUUAUUAUGCUGCGGUUACGCCGCUACGCUAUCGUAUGGUUAUACCACUAAUGUACAUACACCUUGCAUUCCAGGAACAAAUAUAUAUGACGACGCGCAUGAAUUGAACGGUCUCCCUC